AAUAACAGCAGAUUGAUGUAUUGCUCCCUAUUUUUAUCAGGACAACUCUAGUAAACAAGCAUGGCAUCGGGCAUAGCAGAACACAAUGAGGCCAGAAGGAGGGAGAAAGUCUAUCUACGUAAAGCACAUUUAGAACGAGCAUUCAUAAAAGGAGAGAAUUUGAUACUUGGUGAAAGACAUGAUGACCCAUCAAGUGCUCAGAAAGCUACAAUAAGCUGUCCACCAAAAGCAAAACCUCAGUCCAACCCAUGUUCAUGUGAAGGUGCUCCAGAUGUUAAGGUAGUCGGAAUGCCUCCAUUUGGGACAUCAGAGAAAUGCAGUUGUUCCCCAUCUGAACCAAUCAACAUAGCAGAAUACAUCAUUGUACCACCAUAUGCCCAACAUGAGGUUCAGGAGAAUUUGCCAAAGAGGAAGUCACACGAUGAAUGGAUCUGUGAUCAGAUGUACUCAGCCAAGAUGAACAAUCGGUACAGCUCAACGGACUAUGCCAGUCAAUGGUAGCACAGAUAUGAGAACAAUCACAACAAUUUAUGUACUAAUAUUACGCAUUCACUGCAAUUACUGCAUUACAUAGUAAAUAGUAAUAUGUCAUGUUAUCAAAUGAGCAAUUUGUUUAUCAAUCAAAUUCAAAAGCAAAUGUUAUAUGUUUGAUCCUCCAGUAUCAUGUAGCAAUAUUAUUCAUACAAUAAAAUCCUCUAUUAUCACCACAUUCAAAACUGUACAUUGAAUACUAAAUGGGUGGAUAUGGAGAUAGAUUUCAUACCUCAUGAUAAUUAUUUAAUGACUCUGUAUUCAGAAUUUCAGAGGCUUAUUUCAGAAGUACAACAUUUGUCUCUAAAACUACAAUUACUGAAUGUACUCACAGGUUAAAAUGAUAAUUUACUUAGUAUAGGCCAGUUUUUGGCAAAAUGUUAAUUAAUGUUCAUUCUGUCAAUAGAGGCCUUUCCAUAUAGCUUUGAAAUCUCGUUAAAGUCUCGUUUUUAAUGAGAUUUUAGGAGAUCUGC